AUGUCAACCCUGCUUCACAAGGAAGCUCCUCCAAGAGCUUGCUCCGUCGCAAGUUCAACACCACCAUGCCGUCCGAGGAGGACGCACUCUCCCGCCACGAAGAUUAUGGCCCUCAGUCGACGGGAUGUGAUUCUCGCUGGCAUCGCGUCCUUUAUCGCUUGGGGGUACGCUGUUAACUGGAUCCCUGCUCUGCGCUGGGCUGGCUAUGCUCUUGUAGUUGGCAUCAUACUGCCAAUCGUGGGGUUGAUCGCAUUGCUCGUCACGACUUCGAGGGGGAGCAGAUAUACCUAUAAGAACAGACAGAUUCGCCCGAAGGGACCAAAGUUUCUGGGUGCGAAGGAAUGGGAUAAGGAAAUCGCUGCGCUUCGACGUCGGCAAGCAUACCAUUGGAAACCUCUCUACCCGGAAUCAUUUCUGGUCUCGAAUGCGCUGGACGAGCUACUAGAGUUCAUUCUACGGGAUUUCGUUAGCACCUGGUAUUCGAAUAUCAGCAAGAAUCCAGUAUUCGUCAAUGAAGUAGACAAAACAAUCCGGCUUGCGCUGUCUAGUCUGUUAGAUAUCGUGCUAGACCUAGACAUAACGGAAAUCGUCACAACACGAUUUGUGCCAAUUUUGACGGCGCAUUUCAAAGAAUUCUACGAAGCCGAAAGGGCUAUACGAGGCAAGAACUUGAAUCGCCAUGUCACAGAGUCAGACGAGUUGGACCUGGCUAUUGCUGCGAAGUACAAGGAUGGAAAGUUACAUGCGGCCGCGUCUCUAGCAUUCUCGGACCUGAAGUUGGUUCAACAGGACUAUUUGCGAAAGAUGACCAGGGAACUACUUCCCCGAUUACUCCCUGACAGAGUUCUCGCGAGUCGAGCUGUUGGAGUUUUGAUACAAGAACUGGUUUCUUGCGCAGUUCUUUCGCCUGCCAUUGGGAUGUUGGCGGAGCCCGACACAUGGAAUCAGAUUAUGGAAGCUUAUGGCCGCUCGAUGCUACAAGAUCGUUCUACUGUACGGAAACUGCGAGCGGCACUUGACGAGCAUGCUUCCCCAGCCCCAAAGCCGAAACGAACGGCCCCUUUCCCACGGAUAUCACCUGGCGAUCAUGAGAGGAAGUUCGAGAAGUUUGUCCGAGCUAUUCGGAAGGUCAAUAAUCUCUCAGAUGCUCGCCGCUUUCGAAGUGAAAUCACAAGCCAACUAAAACGAGAUGCUCUUCAAGAAGGGCAAGACCCCAUAUAUCUUCGUCGUCUCGAUAUCGGCAAGAGAAUAGCAGAUCAGCGAGUACAUCAGCUUGCAGCUGGCGGUGAAAGAAUCCCAUCAGCGGACCUCAGCCAGAAACAAGCCCCAGUUUCAAAAUUAGAGAAUGCGUCGCUUGUUGAUCUGUUGCGUGACCCCUCUGGACUGUCUUAUUUCAUGGAAUAUAUGGAUAGGCAAAGUCUAAUGCCAAUGGUACAAUUUUGGAUUGUUGUAGAUGGGUUUCGAAAUCCACUCGAGGAUGAAUCUGUAGAAGGAGACGAAAUUCCAGUCACACUUGCUCCUUGGACUGAAGCAGAUAGAAUGGAUAUUGCGAUGAUAAAUGAAGCUUACUUAUCAAAGCCUGAACUCAAAGUGUCCGAGCAGUCGAAACAGCAUGUCACCGAUUUCUUGAAAGCAGGCAAAGAAGCUACGCCUAAGCAAUACUUCUUAGCCAGGAGAGCUGUAUUGAGAACCCAAACUGCAGCUUUGGAAUCUAUGCAAGAUAAGCACCUUGCAAAUUUCAAAAAGUCGGACCUGUUCUACAAAUGCCUUACGUCUCAAGAAGCGUCAAAACCUCAGGCGCUUCAGCCGUCGACUAUCGGUCCGUCGCGAGUAGAAACCAUCUACAACAAACCCGCUUUACCUGUUCGUGCGAUUUCAGCGCAAGCUUUACCCCCUAAACCGACGCCAUUAUCUCGAGUCUCGGCGAAACUAUUACCUAAACGCGGUCAUGACCUCCGUAGAUCUGUCGUGUCGUCAAACGAUUUAGUUGGAGCUACCUCGCGUGUAUCUGAGAUACUACACGAGAACCGUCCCUCUUUUGACGAAGAGAAUUCCGGCCCUCUUUUUGAUGACGAGGACUUCGACAGUGAGGCAAUGGGUAAUUCAAUCCAUAGUCUUGACCAGGAUCAGCGCGAGUCAACGCCAGACAACAAUGUAGUCGAAGCCAUGGAAGCAGCCCUAAACGAUAUCAUGGAGGAUAAGCCAGAUGUGGAGGAAAUGCGGAAAUCACUUUUCGGACAAGAUCUCGAGUCAUCAAUACACAGCACUUCGUCUUUAAAUGGGGGUCAUAACUCUACCAGGAGUUCGAUGGAUAACAAGCGUGUAGACCUCUUUGGCGACAAGGUAGAGAAACCCAGUAUCGCAUCGUUAGGCCUCGUUAAUACUUCUUCUCGCAUUGGCGUCUUUACUGAUGAUGAUUUAUUCGGAGAUGAACAAAAGUUCCUUGCGGACGAGCAUGAUGAUCCUGAGGAAGACAAAGCUCGAGACGAAGAGGAAGAAGUUCACGAAGCUGCUCCAGGCGAUCUAGGUCUGAUGGAAGCCAUCACUGUUCUCACGGCCGAUAUUGACAGACUCGUAGCACAAGAUGCUGUUGUUGACUCUUUGACUAGGAAGGCGGAGUUGACUAAUAACAAUGCUGAGUUGCGAAUUUUGAAGAAGUCCAAAGCGAGUUUGCAAAGGGAAAUUCGCCGCAAGGAGCUUCAGCGACAACAAUACGUAAUACAAGAGAGUGACAAUAGUCUUUAUGGACGCUCGACUAUCAAGAUCAAGUCAAUCAUGGCUGGGAAAGAGGAAGACGGCCGAGAGUAUGCUGUCUACGUUGUCGAAGUACAGCGGAAAGCUGGUGAGCAGAUGCCAGCCGCUACAUGGACCGUAACUCGUCGCUACAGCGAAUUUCAUGAGCUGCAGCAACGACUCCGAAUGAAGUACUCUUCGGUCAGGAACCUCGAUUUCCCCCGGCGACGUAUGGUCAUGAAGAUGCAAAGCGAGUUCCUUUCCAAGCGGAGACAGGCGCUGGAGAAAUAUUUGCGGGAGCUACUCUUGCUUCCAGACGUUUGCCGUAGCCGUGAAUUGCGAGCCUUCUUGUCUCAAAGCGCAAUUGCACCUGGUACAGAUAGCUUCUAUGAUCAUGAAGACAAAAAGGAUAUCGUCACUAGAUUUUAUAAUUCGGUGACAGAUGGUAUGGAAGAUCUUCUGGGUAACCUUCCCGUACUGGAUCAGCUUUCUGUCGCGGGUCAAAACUUGCUCUCUGCGGCUACGAAUCAACUGGUCACAAUGCCGACAGCAAUCGGAGAGGAUCCAGUGACAGCAGCAGAGGCUGAAGCCGAACUGAACGCCUUCGAGGACCGAGAACUGGAACCGUUCGUCAAGCCUAUCUGUGAUAUCUUCUUGGAAGUGUUCGAACUCAACCGUGGUAAUAAUUGGCUGCGUGGCCGGGCUGUCGUGGUUGUACUUCAUCAAUUACUUGGAGGAACUAUCGAACGCAAGGUACGGGAUAACGUCAAGGGUAUAAUCUCUGAGGAGGCCAUCAUCAAAUAUGUCGGCCUUCUCAAAGAUUCCAUGUGGCCCGGCGGGAAUCUAAAACGAGACGGCAAACCCAGAACCGAAGCAGAAAAGGCGAAAAGUAGAACAGAAGCGAGUUUGAUGCUUGCGACACUUAUUCCAGAUUUGGCAGCAAGUGUGGUAGGAAGAGUGAAUGCACAGGCUGCGAGUAGGAGAAUCUUUGCAACUUUUAAUAAUCCGCGGUUGAAUGCACACCUUGUCUUCACCAUGUUAGAUGAAGUUAUUGAUGUAUUAUUUGGAGAUAUCAGGACAUAA